AUGCCUCAGAAGCAGGAACGUCAUCGACCUCGUCAUUCGAACAAGGACGAGCAACCGUACAUCAUCCUCGUUCAAGAUAUUCCACGCCACUGCCGAUGGCAAGAGCUCAAGGACAUGACUAGAAGUCUUGGAGGGGAACAGAGCUUGAAAGCUGAAGUGUUUAAUGUUGGAGAUGGAACCCAAAUGGGACAUUGCACUAUCAAGGGGAAGGCUGACGCUGUCAAAGUCUAUGAGAAUCUCUGUACUCAGGGCUGGAAUGGCCAUCGUGUGCGUGUCAAGUUGGUCGCUCAAGAGAAGGACGGGAGUUUGAGAAAAAUCGAGGGACCCAAAGAAAGCAAUGGUAUUGUCCCUUCUGAGAGACCAUCCGGACUUUUUCAUCCCACUCUACAAGGACCUGUUGCGACAACACGGUCUUCUGCAAACCCUCUUUACACCACCGCUGCUCAUCCACCAGCGUCCAUGAGCUACACAACACAGUAUGCAACGAUGACCCCUUGGGCUACUCAACCGGGUGUGCCUGCACUCACUCCCACUCUAGGUCCAACUACGACUUAUGCAAACACCAUCUCUCCACCAACCCCAUACAGCACUCGCUUCUCUAAUGACUCUGGACUACCUCCAUCGUCGCCGGCCGCACCUCCUCCUGUCAGUCGGGUCAAUGACGGCAGCAAAAUCUUCAUCUCUGGAUUACCAUAUUACCAAUCCGAGAGUGAACUGCGUAGUCUCCUCAAACGCUACGGCAGCGUUAUCUAUCUUGAGAUCCAUCCUGAUAGUCGCAACCCCGGGAAGAACAAGGGCACUGCACGGGCACGAUACAAAAGUCCAGCCGAAGCCCUCAUUGCCGUCCGCGACCUUGACGGUAGAUAUCUCUCUAAUCGCAAAAUCAGCGUCAAACAGGAGAAAGACGAGCUUUCAAUGACAACAACCACAGUUCCUUCAAGCUCAGGCUCAUCACGGACUGCGCUGCGGGAGACAAAGGGUGGCGGCUUCUUAUCGAAGCACAGGAAGAGUGCGGAGCCAUCCUCUCCUGAGGUAACCAGUUCGAAGUCCAGAAGACGCACCGCACCGGCGAAAGAAUCAAUAAGAGGCCCGUCUCGAUCUAACAGGGAAAGAACAGGAUAUAGCAGUGGCUCGACGUCCCCCCAAGGUCCACUUGUCGUCAAUGGUGCAAGAAGUUCAUCUACUCGGCGAGGUAGCUGGGGCGAGAAAUCCGCAGAGGACAGUGACGACAGUAGCGAUGAUGGUGAAUGCAGUGAUGAAGGUGCCGCGCUGGAGGACGACGAGGAGAACGAGGAGGAGGAUGACGACCACGACAAUGACGAGGACUAUGAUGGCGUGCAACAGAAGAGGAGCAUGCACCAUCGAGGCAGGCUCUAA